UUUUUUAUAAUUUAUCAAACAUUGCGUAUCGGCAUAAACCUCCCGCCACCAACGAUGUCGGCUCUGAGCACCGUCACCGCCCAUCUCCUCCCGGCAAAAUCCUCCACCUCUGAACCCAAGAAACCCCGGACGAUACUUCCCUUCAAUUCCGCCCUCUUCUGUAACCAAAGUACUUCUACUGCCUCUUUGACCUCACUCCUCUCACCAACAACCGCCGCCCUUAGGCCAAUUAAGGCGGUGGCGGAAGACAGAGAAGUGGGUACGGCAGAAAGCAGCGAGGGGGAUAAUGUGGAGGGUCCCGGAGAGACGAAAUUGGAGGCGAUCAAGAGUGCUAUAGCCUCCAUUUUGUCUGAUAGAGAUAGGUUUCUUAAUGCUGCUAUUGUGCUAGGUGCCGGUACUCUUGCCAUCACUAAAUUGCUUACCAUUGAUCAUGAUUAUUGGCAUGGAUGGACCCUUUAUGAAGUCUUGAGGUAUGCCCCAGAGCAUAACUGGAAUGCUUAUGAAGAGGCUCUGAAGGCAAAUCCUGUGUUUGCUAAAAUGGUGAUCAGUGGCAUUGUCUACUCUCUGGGAGAUUGGAUUGCACAGUGUUAUGAAGGGAAACCUCUUCUUGAUUUUGAUCGGACACGCAUGUUCAGAUCUGGCCUUGUUGGAUUCACACUUCAUGGAUCUCUUUCCCACUAUUAUUACCACAUUUGUGAGGCUCUUUUCCCAUUCAACGAUUGGUGGGUGGUCCCUGCCAAAGUUGCUUUUGACCAAACCGUCUGGUCUGCAGUUUGGAACAGCAUCUACUAUGUGGUUCUGGGUUUCUUGCGUUUCGAAUCCCCUAACAAUAUUUUCACCGAGCUCCAAGCCACGUUUUGGCCAAUGUUGACAGCUGGAUGGAAGCUUUGGCCGUUUGCUCAUCUGAUCACUUAUGGUGUGGUCCCAGUAGAGCAAAGGCUCCUUUGGGUAGACUGCGUGGAACUUGUGUGGGUCACUAUACUUUCAACUUAUUCCAAUGAGAAAUCCGAGGCUCGGAUAUCAGAAGCCUCAGCAGAAGCCAAGCCUACACUACCCUCGGGGAAAAGAAAUAAGAAAUUAUGAGGGCAUGAGUGGAAGAACUUCUUGAUCCUUCAAUUAAGUGGGGGUAUGAUGGUCAAAGGAACUGCAGUGAACUUUAUAAUAUAUGCAUUUGAUUGGUGUACUAGCCAAAGGGAUACCCUUAUUCUAUAGGCCACAUUAUUAUUCCCAUCAUUCUGGUUUUAUCUGCAGGCUUGUUGCCCUCUCAUCCUCAUUAUUCUCCUUCUUGGUAUCAUAGUGUUGUGCAAUGGGCAAUUAUGUAAUUAAGAGAUUUCAUUUCUUUUUCAUUUUUCUUUAACAUUUCCUGUCACUCAAUCAUGUAUCUAUGUAAGGCAGGUUAUUCAUUUGAAAACCAUGAUAUAUAU